AUGUCCGAGCCGACUGCUCCAAACGCUCCAGCACCUCUACAACCCAACGCCGCUCCCAACACUCUGACCGCAUCCGCCGCCGAACAAGGCGGUCCCAAUGCCGCUGCCCUCCAACAACAAGAACCCAACCAACCACCAGGUCCCGACGACCCAGCAACCUUCCAAGCAGCACUGAGAGAACUCGCCCGAGAUCUAGUGCUCAAAGAACAGCAAAUCGAGUACUUGAUCUCCGUCUUGCCUGGUAUUGGCGAGAGUGAAGCAAACCAGAGUCAGCGAAUCCAGGCGCUGGAANAAGAGCUACGCGAAGCUGAUGAAGAGAGGAAAGUUGCUCUGGCAGAAAGAGAGGCUAUGUUGGACAAGUUGAGUGCUCUGGCUGCAGAAUGCAAGAGGGUCUAUUGA